AUGAUCGAUCAAGUUCAUGAAUUCCUCAAUCAAGUUCGCCAAUUAUUAAAUACUACAGAAGAUAAUCAUACAGAAGAUUUAUUGAUAGAAGAAGAAGAAGAAGAAGAAGAAGAUAAUGAUGUUGAAAAUGAAUCGGAACAAUGGAUUGAUGAAAAUGAACCAGGACAUUGUGCUGAUGUAGGUGAUAUUGUUUUUACUUUUAAAACAAAACCAGGUAAUCAGCAGUCAAGACAUACAUUGGAUAGUCGAUUAUAUCAACAAAUAUUGAAGAUGCAAGGUUGUCAAUUACUUGAUGUAUACAAUAGCAAUGCUCUUUAUAUGUGUAAAAACAAAGAAAUGCAAAGAAAAAUAAUGGAACAUGUCAAAGGAACAAAUGCAUAUUCGUUCAUGGAAAAACUUUAUGAAACAAAUCCAACAUGUGUUCAACAACGUUUAGAUACAAUAGUCGAGCAGGUAACUACAUUAUUGAAUGAUUUAAUUACAUCGCAUUCUAUUAAUGAUUCACAAUUUCGUCAAAUGAAUGUUGAUCGAUCAACAGUUCGAAUGGAUUAUCUCUUUUUUCUACCAGAUACACGUCAAAAACAUGUACCAUUUCAACCUAUUAUGGUUUGUAGCUUAGGACCAACGAUAGGAAUUGCUCGUUAUAUUUAUCGUCUCCUUCAACCUAUCUAUGAUCAUGUAGCUCUUUCAACAACAUUUUUCAAAGAAACAGAUGCUGUACAUGCUAUUGAAAUAUAUGCAAAUAAAGAUUUAUUAUUACCAACGACAUUAUUUGCUAGUCUUCAUAUAAAUGAUUUAUGUUCAAUAUUAUCUCAUGAAGAAAUAUUACAAUCAUUAGAACGCUUUCUCAAUGAAUAUUAUAAAUCGGAUCAGCGUAUUCAAACUAUAACUAUCGAUACUAUUCUAAAACUUACCAAACUUAUACUUCAAAAUCAAUUUUUUAUCUACAAAAAUAAUAUCUAUCGACAAAUCAAAGGUGGUGCUACUGAAUCUCCAUUAACUAUUCUUUUGAUGAAUAUCUAUCUAUUCUAUUGGCAAGAUGAAUUAGUGAAAACUAUGAACAACCAAAAUGAAAUAUUUGGUCGAUGUUUUGAUAAAAUAUUUCUUACUUGGAAUGGUUCAAAAAAUGAACUUUGUUCAUUAUUGUACUCUACUAUUCUCAAGAAAAACAAACAAUCAUCUUCUUCUUCUUCUUCUUCUUCUUCUUCUUCUUCUAUAAAGAUAACAACUUCAAUUGGAAAGAAAAUUAAUUA